AUGGCCUACUGGCAUGACCGCCUUGCGACCGGUUGCCGCAGCGCGCCUCCAUCCUCCAUGUUCAAGACCAUAGUUGGCCUGCUGCUGCUGACCGCAUCCCUUCUCCCACGCGUCACCUCUGCCCUCCAGUCCGUUGCUGGGUCGCCUUGCGAAUCCGUCUGUGCCAAUGCGGGCUCCCUCGAACAAGACGUCCUCUGCCUCGAUGCAGAUUACCAGUCCCUGCCCUCGGGUCGAGCGUUCCAGAACUGCGUGGCAUGUCAGUUGAACAGCACGGCGGUAGACACGGCGAAAAAUGAGACGGAUGUAGAAUGGGCAUUGCUGGCCCUUCGUUACACACUCGCGGGGUGCAUGUUUGCCAUCCCCGAAGAUCACGUCUCGAUCAGCAGUCCAUGUCAAGUCAGCUGUGCGUCCCUGAACGCCUCGAUCGGAUACCAGGUUACCAACAACACCUCCAAGGCUCAACCGGGCAACGCAUUUUGUACCGCCGACCCCUUUGACGACUACACCAUCAACAAGUGUGCCCUAUGUUAUAGCUAUAUCCCGCAGCAAUUGUACCAGGCAAACUUCCUGCAAGCCCUGCACAUCGCCUGCCGCCAACCGCCCGUACCGGGCAAACCAUUCUUCCCGGACGCCCAGUCCAUCUUCAACGAGACACUGAUCGCGGGCCCAGCGGCGCCAUCAGGCAAUACCGGCGGGCAUGGCGGAUUGCACGGGUGGAAACUGGCGCUGGCCAUUGUUUUGCCAGUUGUUGGCGGCAUCAUCCUCUUGGUGGGUGCGUGCUGGGGCUGUUUCGCAUUCACGCGCAAACGACGCCAGCGCAUGGCCCAGACGGGCCGGAUGAGCCGCGUGCACGACGCCCACGCCGACAGCAUGUACUACUCGCCCAUGUCUGCUAAAGCUGAGGCCUGGAAGGCCGAGGAUCUCCCGUGGGGCGUGUCCGAGCCGCCGCGAGAAAUGCACGCCAUCAGCCAGACCAUGUUACACGCCAAGCACAGCCCCGGCGUCGCGCAGGGCCGGUGGAGUCAUCAGACCGGAGGAACCGGCGGCGGCCCGGGCUCGGAGCAGAACACGCCCUUGAGAAGCAGUUUCCAGCGCGAAGAUGUCGGUCCCGGUCCCGAGCAGGUUCGGGAUCCGAAUCUCCAUGAUCAGUUCUUUGGCAUUGACGAGGAGGCCGACGACUUGCCCGGACCCAGUGGUGGACACGAAUAUUAUCCUGAACAUCAUGAGCAGAGUGGCGGUGGUGGACACGAGUUUCAUCCUCAGCAGAUUCAUCAGCAGCAUGGCCUCGGACAGCUCCGUAUGCCUGAUGAUGAACGGGGGAACUUUAUUUGA